AGUAGAUCGGCUAAACUGCUGUUAGUAGCAAUAGUCUGAACAGCUCUUAGCCGACUAAGUCUAACUAUAACAACUGACUUAGGCCUCUGCUUUAUAGAGAUUCAGUUUGUGAGACAUUUGUAUCGGAGUUCGCUCUGUUAACGAUUGUCAUAUAAGCUGUUGUGAGCUGAAGCAGGAGGAGCCAUGCAGGCCUUUUUGAAAGGAGCAACUGCCCAGAGCACCAAACCCCAGAAAGACAAAGCAACAGCAGGGCCUAGCACAGAGAAGAAAGCGAAGGCUGUACCCUGGGUAGAGAAAUACAGACCAAAAUGUGUGGAUGAAGUGGCCUUCCAGGAGGAGGUGGUGGCAGUGUUGAAGAAGUCUCUGGAAGGAGCGGAUCUGCCCAACCUGCUCUUCUAUGGUCCUCCUGGAACAGGAAAGACAUCAACUAUCUUAGCUGCUGCCAGAGAACUGUUUGGUCCCGAGUUGUACAGACAGAGGGUGCUGGAGCUCAAUGCCUCUGAUGAGCGAGGCAUCCAGGUGGUCAGAGAGAAGGUCAAGAACUUUGCUCAGCUAACAGUGGCUGGAACUCGUCCAGACGGGAAGCCAUGUCCUCCUUUUAAGAUCAUCAUCCUGGAUGAGGCUGACUCUAUGACGGCUCCCGCUCAGGCUGCUCUCAGACGCACCAUGGAGAAGGAGUCACGCACCACCCGCUUUUGCCUCAUCUGUAACUACAUCAGCAGGAUCAUCGAGCCUCUCACAUCCAGAUGUUCCAAAUUUCGAUUUAAACCUCUUGCCAAUCAAAUCCAGGAAGAGCGUCUGCUGGACAUUUGUGAGAAGGAGAACCUCAAGUACACUAAAGAGGGUAUAACAGCGUUGGUGAGAGUGUCUGAAGGUGACCUACGGAAAGCCAUCACAUUCCUGCAAAGUGCCGCACGCCUUAACGUUGACAAGGAGAUCACAGAGCACGCCAUCAUCGAAAUAGCAGGGGUCGUCCCUCCUAAAGUGAUCGACAACCUGCUGAACAUCUGCUUCAGAGGGACGUUUGAGAAACUGGAGGUUGCAGUUAAGAAUGUGGUGGAUGAGGGUUACGCAGCCACACAGAUCCUGAGUCAGCUUCAUGAAGCCAUCAUAGAACAGGACCUGAGUGACAAGCAGAAGUCCGCCAUCACAGAGAAGAUGGCGGUGGUGGAUAAGUGCCUGACAGACGGCGCAGAUGAGUACCUGCAGAUGUUGAGUCUGUGUUCAGUCAUCAUGCAGCAGGCGUCGCAAAACAACUGAAACCGCCGCACAGCUGCACAGUGCGAGUGCUACCGCCAGCCUCCAGAGGGACCAAGAGCUCAGACAAACACUGCAGUCAUGUUGAGCUCAGCUAGUUCACACUGAGCACACUGUGGUCGAACACAAGAGCUAUCACUGUCUUCUACCAGGAACAACAGAUGAGCACUUCAUGUAGAAACCCAACAACAUGUCAACAAAGCCCUGCAUUCGUCUGGGAAUGUAGACGCACCCAGAUGUCACAGUUUUUCCUCUUCCUUCAUGGUUUCCAACUUAUCUUUGUAAAUUCAAUGUAUUUAGGGUGCUAAUAAAUGUUCUUUUGUACUAAAUGAAAGG